UCUCUCUAUCUCCUCUCCAUCGAAGCCCAGAGAGAAAGUGACUUUGUUUUAUCCCCACUCUUGUGACUUGUCUCCUUGUACCUGUCCCUUCUCCUCUCUUUUCAAUUCUAACAACAUAGAGACACUGUAGAAAGGAGUCUUUUUUUGUUUUUUUAAUAAUCUUUCUUGUAGUGUUCCAAAACCAUAUAUGCGCCUUUUUUUGUUUGAGUUGAGUGAUGAUAGGUUUUUGCGCUCUACCAUUGAGGAAAGAGAAUACUAAUAAUUGAAGAUUCUUGGGUUAGUUUGCGCCUAGCUUCUAUGAGUAUAUUAUAUUUAUAUUCAACCUCUCUCUUUGCUCUCCCUUAUUUACUAGAAAAUUGUGUGUCUCCGGGCCUUUGUUUCCUCUUCUUGCUGCUGCAAAACUAAGAGACAGAGACACUUUAAAUGGUGAUCUAUGGUGCCGAGUGUUUUGGUAAACUAAGCACAGUUGCUUCAGCAUUGCUUCGUUCUGUUUGGCUUCAGAAACCCAUAGAAUACUUCAGCUCCUUCUAAUGAGAUCUUGGGCUAAUUUCUAUUGGGUAGGAGUGGCCAUGACUAAAUUAACAAUGCAAGAGAAGAGGUUCAGCUCUGUUCAAUUUUCUGAGCUGAAAGAAGAAGCACGGCAGGAAAGACGAAAGGCUGUCAUCUGAAUGCUUCUGCUUAUGCUUCUAAGCUGAAGGUUUUCGCUGAUUAUGUGUCGAGAAAUGGCGGCAGCUCCUCCGACCAAGGACGAAUCGCCGGAGGAGCACUUCAGGAAGCAGCUUGCUGCUACUGUGAGACAGAUCCAGUGGAGCUAUGCGAUCUUUUGGUCGAUCUCGACCGGGCAACAAGGGGUUUUAUCUUGGAUGGAUGGAUACUAUAAUGGUGAUAUUAAGACGAGGAAGACUACGCAGCCGAUGGAGUUUAAAGCUGAUCUGCUGGGUCUGGAGAGAAGCGAACAACUGAGAGAGCUAUAUGAUUCUCUGUCGGCAGGUGACAGCAAUCAACAGAACAAAAGGCCUUCUGCUUCAUUAUCUCCCGAAGAUCUAACAGAUACCGAGUGGUAUUACUUGGUUUGCAUGUCCUUCACAUUUGGGCAGGCCCAGGGGUUGCCAGGUAGAGCUUUAGCAAGCAAUCAGCAUCUAUGGUUGAGCAAUGCUCAAUAUGCAGAAAGCAAGAUAUUUUCCCGCUCUCUUUUGGCAAAGAGUGCAUCAAUGCAGACAGUGGUAUGCAUUCCCUUCAUGAAUGGUGUGCUCGAGUUGGGUACAACUGAAUUGGUUUUGGAAGAUCCCUCUCUCAUACAACAAGUCACAACUUCCUUUUGGGACCUGCCAUACCCUACUUGCUCUGAGCAAUCUAGAUCUGCUUCUCCAAAAGGUGAAAAAGAGGAAGUCAAUUUAUGCUCAAAUCUUCAUCGUAGCAAUAUAAAUGCAAUUGGUGAGGAGCCUCAUUUAUUAGAAGUUGGAUCCCCAUCUUUUCCUUUUCCUCUUCAUAAUUACGAAAACGAGAACGAAGAACUCCAUAACAAGCUUGAUGAAGUGCAUGUUAAUUUGUACGAAGAGCUAAAUAUAGACUCUACAGAUGACUCUUUAAGAGUUGAGGUGCACAACAGCACAUCUCAAGUUCAUGGUAGGCAAUUGAUGGACGAUGAAUUCAGUAAUGGUCUACAUGGUUCUUUAAACUCAAGCGAUUGUAUAUCACAGUCCUUUCUUACUCCCCAAAGAAUAAAGAAUCCUACUCUUUUUACCGUUCAAGAGGGAGAACUGAACAAGCUUACUGACCUUGAAGACGACGCUUCUCACUACGCAAGGACUCUUGUGGCCAUUUUAAGGAACUCGAAACAAUCUGCACCAAUCUCUUGCCCUAUGAAUGGUUCUCAUAACUCGAGUUUUAGUAUUUGGAUGAGAGGCUUCAAUGCACAUAAAACGUUCUCUUCCACGCCUCAGAAGUUGCUCAAGAAAGUUUUGAUUGAUACUGCAUGGAUUCCUGGUGCUCAACCAACCAAGCCCAUAGAGGAAAAUGGCCCACAAAACAAAGUCUGGAAAUCACAAGGAGAUGAUGCUGGUGUUAGUCACGUGCUGUCGGAGAGAAGGAGAAGAGAAAAACUAAACGAGAAGUUUCUGAUACUAAGAAAUCUUGUUCCUUCUAUUAGCAAGGUUGACAAAGCAUCCAUCCUUGGCGACACAAUUGAGUAUCUAAGGGAGCUAGAGCAAAGAGUAGAGGAGCUAGAAUCCUGCAGAGAGCUAUUGGACCACGAAUCUAGAACUAGAAGGAAGUACCCUGACAUAGCCGAAAGAACUUCAGACAACUACUGCAACAAAAAGAUACCAAACGGCCAAGUUUCUGCAAGCAAGAGGAAGGCGUCUGAUAUAAAUGAAACGGAUGUGGAGCAUCAUUGGAUCUUGUCGAAGGAUGGUCCAAUUGACGUCAAUGUUACCGUGAUCGAGAAAGAGGUUUUCCUUGAGAUACGUUGCCCAUGGAGGGAGUGCUUGCUUCUUGAGAUAGUUGAGGUAUUAAGCAACCUCCAUUUGGAUCCCCUCUCAAUGCAAUCAUCCACAGCUGAUGGUGUUUUAGCAUUAACAAUAAAAGCUAAGUUUGUUGGUUCAGUCAUGGCAUCGCCAGGAAUGAUCAAGCAAUCCCUUCAGAGAGUUGCAAGUAAAUGUUGAGGUUAGUUUGUUCCAGCUGCGAAUGGUAACUUUUGCAACUCCCGAACUCUUUGAAUCUGUCCAUUCUGGUGAGGCCUGCAUCAUGUAUUUAUUUAUUCUAAGGAACUUCAAUGCAAUCUUGCUAAGUAUUUAGUUAAUGAUGGAUCAUUCCUUUCUCCUGUUCCUUAAUCAUAUUCUGUAUGUAUUGAAUAAUUGGUAUUGCGCAUCAUAUUUGUCGCAGAAAAUGGUAAUUGAUAAGCUUUAA